GAUUAAAUGAGAUAAGGAUGAGUUGUUCAAAAAAAAAAAAAAAUGAGAUAAGGAUGCGAUGCUGAGCUUCCAGUGUCCAUCUCCUUUCUUCUUCUCCGGCCAAAACCGGACCACAACUUCUUGCUCAACAGCUCCGCCUCGUGCAUCCACCGAACUAACUGCUUCUCCUUCAUCACUAAUCUCUCGCCGUCUCAUCCUUCUCCGUCACGCUCACAGUUCCUGGGACCACCUUUCCCUCAAAGACCAUGAUCGUCCUCUAACUAAGACUGGUCAAGCCGAUGCUGCUAAAGUUGCUCAAAUCCUCUCCUCACUUGGUUGGCUUCCCCAACUCAUCCUCUCCAGCGACGCGACUAGGACUAAGGAGACACUGAAGUCAAUGCAAGCGCAAGUUGAUGGCUUUAUGGAGGCAAACGUACAUUUCAUCCCUAGCUUUUACUCCAUUGCUGCUAUGGACGGCCAAACCGCCGACCACCUUCAACACAUCAUCUCCAAAUACUCAUCCCCUGACAUCACCACUGUCAUGUGUAUGGGGCAUAAUAAGGGAUGGGAAGAAGCAGCCUCCAUGCUCUCUGGUGCUUCCGUAAAGUUGAAAACUUGCAAUGCUGCUUUACUUCUAGCUUUUGGCAACUCCUGGGAUGAUGCUUUCGCUAUGGCUGGACCUGGUGGAUGGAAACUUGAGGGUAUUGUGGCUCCAGAUAGCACCAUUUGUGUGUAAGAGAGAGCUUCAAGUUGGUCUACUUUCUUCUCCUCUAUGCUUUGCAUCUUUUUGCUACAACACAAUAUAUAAAAGGUUGUAUAGUUUCAUCCUUUCAUGUGUCAACUACUAGUUAAGUUCAGCUGUUAUCUUAUGAUGAUGAUAAUAAACAUGUCAAGAGCAGACUAGUGCAUCUCUUUAUUGGAUGGUUUGCUUUGUGUAA